UCUAGAAACUAAACCCAAAGCUAAAGUAAACACACAAAACAUAGGCUUUUCCGGAAAUCUGAGAUCUUACAGUAAUAGCUGAAGAGGAGCACUGAGAAAGAGAAGAUGAGCGACGGAGACGAUGCCGCUAGACGCCGUACCGCUGCAGUUGCCGAUUACCGGAAAAAGCUCCUCCAACAUAAGGAGCUCGAGUCCCGAGUUCGAACAGCUAGGGAGAACUUGAGAGGAUCUAAAAAGGAAUUCAACAAAACUGAAGAUGAUCUCAAGUCUCUUCAAAGUGUUGGCCAGAUCAUUGGCGAAGUCCUUCGACCUCUCGACAAUGAAAGAUUGAUUGUCAAAGCUAGCAGUGGUCCUCGGUAUGUGGUAGGCUGCCGUAGCAAAGUGGACAAGGAGAAGCUAACCUCAGGAACUCGAGUUGUUCUUGAUAUGACCACACUUACCAUAAUGAGAGCCCUUCCCCGAGAAGUCGAUCCGGUUGUGUAUAACAUGCUGCACGAAGACCCUGGCAACAUUAGCUACUCUGCUGUCGGAGGUCUAGGUGAUCAAAUCAGAGAACUCAGGGAAUCUAUUGAGCUUCCUCUCAUGAAUCCUGAACUUUUCCUCCGCGUAGGGAUCAAACCACCCAAGGGAGUCCUUCUGUAUGGACCUCCAGGGACAGGAAAAACUCUACUAGCUAGGGCUAUUGCCAGCAACAUCGAUGCCAACUUCUUGAAGGUUGUGUCGAGUGCAAUCAUAGACAAAUACAUUGGAGAAAGUGCUAGGCUGAUUCGGGAGAUGUUUAACUAUGCCCGUGAACACCAGCCUUGUAUCAUUUUCAUGGACGAAAUCGAUGCUAUUGGUGGGCGUCGUUUUAGCGAGGGAACUAGUGCUGAUCGUGAAAUUCAAAGAACACUCAUGGAGUUACUCAACCAGCUUGAUGGGUUUGACAACCUCGGAAAGGUGAAAAUGAUAAUGGCGACGAACAGGCCUGAUGUGCUUGAUCCUGCGCUUCUCCGUCCAGGUAGAUUAGAUAGAAAGAUUGAGAUCCCUUUGCCAAACGAGCAAUCAAGAAUGGAUAUCCUCAAGAUCCAUGCAGCUGGUAUAGCCAAACAUGGUGAAAUUGAGUACGAGGCUAUUGUCAAACUUGCAGAGGGCUUCAAUGGUGCUGAUCUGCGUAACAUAUGCACGGAGGCUGGAAUGUUUGCAAUCCGAGCAGAACGUGACUAUGUGAUCCAGGAAGAUUUCAUGAAGGCGGUGAGAAAGCUGAGCGAGGCCAAGAAACUUGAGUCGAGUUCACACUACAAUGCAGAUUUCGGAAAAGAGUGAGAGGAGGGAUUAAUAAACUCUUGUCGUGUGAGCUAGGGAUAAAGAAAGGACAGUGCAAUGGCAUGGCAGUUUCGUAUUAUUGUUUGUUCUUUGACUUUGGCAAUGUGAAACUUUGUUGUACUUUUUUUUCUGAGAAGCAGAGAUUGUGGAGUGUGUGCUUUUACUACCUUUUAAUACUUUAAACGCUUCAUUUGCCUC